UUUUUUUUUUUUUACAAAAGAUGGUUGAAGAAAAAAGAGCCAGAGUGGUUUUGAACAUCACAUUUUUUCGCCCUGAAAAAUUCUACAUUAGUGGGUUUUACAACAUUCCUUACACUCAGUAUUUUUAUGUCUUCUUGUGUUUUGUCUAUGUAAUGACUGUUAUUGGAAAUGUGUUUCUCCUCUCAGUUAUCUGCUUGGUGAGGACUCUUCAUUCUCCCAAAUACAUGAUCGUGUUCAACUUAGCUUUGACAGAUCUGUGUGGAAGCACAGCUCUUAUCCCAAAACUCUUGGACACAUUUUUGUUUGAAAGGAGAUAUAUUUUAUAUGAGGCUUGUUUAAGCUACAUGUUUUUUGUUAUGUUCUUUGGAAGUUUACAGUCAUGGACUCUUGUCUGUAUGGCCUAUGAUAGAUUUGUAGCAAUCUGCUUCCCAUUGAGGUACCACAGCAUCGUGUCUAAGAGAUCUGUUGCUGUGAUUCUGCUGUUUAUGUGGUUAGCUUUGAUCACACUAUGGUCAUCUACAGUUGGGCUUCUUAAUCGUCUGUCUUUCUGUGGUUCAUUAGAGGUGCAAAGUUUUUACUGUGACCAUGGACCAAUAUUUCGCCUUGCUUGCAAUGACAACUCUAUAAAUAACAUUAUGGCAUAUGCUGCCUUCCUUUUAGUCCUGUGCAUUCCUAUCAUACUCAUAGCUAUCACUUAUGCCUGCAUUUCAAUUGCUCUAAGCAGGAUUGCAUCGACAGCAGAACGACUCAAAGCUCUAAAAAUGUGUUCAUCACACAUCAUUCUUGCCGCAACUUUUUUUAUACCUUUGGUGAUUACCAACGUCAGUGCAAUAACUUCUAACCUACAGCCCAACACCAGAAUAAUAAACUCCUGUUUGGCACACACCAUCCCAGCUCUGUUAAAUCCGAUUGUUUACUCCUUUAAGACAGAAGAAGUGCUGAAUGCCAUAAAGAAACUGUUUAGGAGAAACCAAAUUGAGUUUCAAAAUGGCAAAAGAAAAGUUUUAAGGCGUUAAUUAUUUCCUCCUUAAUACUGCACUACUCACCUGGAAUAAUAUUAAAACUCUACGUCUAUGUAAUUCUUUAAAUUACCUUAAAGCUGAGUUUUUUGAGCACCUAAAAGAAUGAUGCACGUCACUUCUGACCAGACUGUUUUGAACCUUUUUUUUUAUUUUUGAUAUACUGGUAAUUUUUAAUUGUUUUAUGUCUUGUAAAACUGUUAGUUUUAUCCAAUUGUGCCUUUCAUCCCAGAUCUCCCUUGAAAAGAUGAUCCUGUCUCAAUGGAUCUUAAAGGUUUGAAAAAAAAAUAAAAUAAAUGACCUUUUUUUGUUAACACUAAAAUUGCUUGUAAUAUUGUGAGUUUAAUAUGUGUGGGUAUCUUUUUCUAACUGGAUAGAAGUGAAACUAUGUUGUUCUCCCAGCAUUCCUUUGUUUACACACUCUUCCGCUAGCUUACAGGCUCUCAAAAUGCCAAGGUAACGGUAGCGUUGCAGAAAAAAUGGUAAGCAAAAUCAGAGCUAUCCAGCUGUACAUUUAUGAGUGAGAUGUCAGUUCAGACGAGGAAAAUAAAGACUUUACACUGGAUCUAAUGGCAGGAAGAUGCUUCAGAAUGUUGAAAA